GUCAGUGCAGUCAACGGUUAAUUGUAACGACGCGUCGGUCUUUAAACAUGAUGAAAAAAAUCUUACUGUCGGUUCUUGUGAUGAUGGGAGGUCUCGACGUUGCCACCUUAUCUGACCCAAAGGUUAGGGGGAAGUUGAUCCACUGUGGGAAAGAUGCGCAGACCUGCGAUCGAGGAUGGCAUAUUGGAAGGAAGCAGACACAACAUCAGACAAAAAUUGAAAUGCAUAGGAGUUUGGACCUGGAUAACUUCAAAAUACAUGCAAUCCCAACAACAAGCAAAAUAAGCUUUCCAUCCAUGGUCAAGCUCCAACUGCCUUCUACCUUAUCCCCCCACCGGAUGGCAAACAUGCCCCUGCGCUUUGGAAGGGAUGGUGAUAAUGCUCCAAACAAGCCCCAAAGGUUCGGA